AAAAGCACUUUUUUGCCUGACAUGCCUCUCUGAACUUCAGUGUUUGGGAAGUCAGGAGAGUCUCAGCUUCUAGGAGGUUGAUACUAUAAGCAAACCCCAUGGAUUAUCCAAAUAAGUAGGAAAAUAAAGGCAGCUGAGCAUCGGAGGCCAUAUAAAAUCACUUAAGCCAGUUAUCCCUUCCUAUUUCCUGAGAAGCCCUGUGCAGAGGGUCUGCCAAGAUGGAGGUCUCUGUGGCUUUAGAGGUCUUGUUUCUCCUUGCUGCUUCGAUGUGGCCUUGUGCUAACAACAUGUUUGUGAAAAUAGCUUGUUCUCUGGACUGGAUGGUGGUCCAAGUUGUCCCAUAUACUUACAGUGGAUAUGAGUACAUACUGGCUGACGAAUUACACCUGGGGUCGGGCUGUCCUCCGACUCGGAUAGAAACAUAUGAAUAUCAUUUUGCAUAUCUCACUUCUGAUUGUGGUAUCAGGACACAGGUUCUUUCAGAGGACAGUCUCCUCUUGCAAAGUGAGCUGUACUAUAAGCCAAGGGAUCUACAUUACUAUUGCCAAAUAAUUCCUCUGCAGUGUUGUAUCUCUAGGAAAUCAGUGUGGCUUACACCAGUUUCGACAGAUGAAAUAAAAUUGGAUCCCAGUCCCUUUAUUGCUGACUUCAAGGCAACACCAGAAGAGUUAGGAUUACUAUGUUGUGAUUAAACUGACUCCCUCCUUAAGGAAAAACGAAAACUUGAAAUUGACGUCAUGAAUUCUGUUGGAAAACAUUGGGGGUUUUUUUUGGUACAAAAAAUAAUUGCUAUAAAUCUUU